AUGCUGCACCCAACUUUUGCAGCAUAUCCUGGUCCUUUGCGCAAUGGAGGCCCAGCAGACGACAGCGACGAAGACACGCCGCUUCAAGGACGAGCAUAUGCAAGAACUCCGUUUCCUACCCAACGAAUGCUUGGGAGUCCUCCAGAAGAUACCGACAGCGAUGUCGUCGUUCCCGGUGGACGCCCACGAUCGUAUUCGAAUCCGACCCCAUCUCCGUUUGUAAACGGAAAUCCGGGGUCUGCCUUUGGCUCACCAGAAUACGAGCUGGGCCAGGUUGAGCGUGGGCCCUACAACCCUCCCCAGCCAGGCGUUAUGCCUGCGAAGUCUGCGUUACGUCAAUCAAGACGGGCGACCAUGGAUCAGCUACGAGGAGGACUACCAACGAUUAUAGGCUCUCCCUCGGUCCCCGGAUUGCCGCCCGACGCACUAUUUCCCAACGGUCAGCCUGUCCCUCCAGGCUAUCCAGUCCAACAACAAAGAAUGGGAUCCGUCAGAGGAACUCCCUAUGUUCUUCGUCCAGGAGGUAUGCCAACUCCAAUGAUGCACCCACAACAACAGACUCCGAGGGUCAUGUCUCCAAUGGGUUCGGGCAUGUUCCCUACUCCUGGACCACCUCAGAUGAUCCCAAUACCAACUUCAGGUAGGCCCAUGCAUCAGAUGUUUCCUGCCACGCCUCUCCCGCCAGGCAUCGGUCCGUACGGCAAGCCCCCGUCUCAACCUCCGGUCUCACUCUCUGGCAUGCGAACUCCCAUGCCAGCUAUGGGAGCAAGGCCGAUCCCACAUGUCCCCGGAGGUCACUCAGUGCCGGGGGCCAUGUCGAUGCCAGUCCUCCCUCAGCAAUGGCCAGCAUCAGCUCAACCGGAUAGGAGGCGUCGACGAAGGCACCGAAGGCGACGUGGUAAUGAGGACGACGAUGGAAGUGACAGCAGUGCGAGUUCUCGACAGGAACACCACAAUCCUCUUCCAGAGCCACCCCGGAUACUACCGAUGCCAGACGUCUCUCCGGAUGGCUCAAUCCGUGUGGAUUCUCCUCCGGCUACCAAUCCAUUUGGCAAACCUGAACCUCCUCCGAAACCACCGCCGAACCCUCUGCCCGUUCCACCCAAAUCGAUCAUCGCGGAAAAGAAUGCUAGCGCCGAGCUUGAGGCAGCUAAUGAAGCCGUCAAGCGUGCAAAGGAACAGACAGAGCUCGCAAAAGCAAAGGCGAUUCAACGCUUAGAGGCAGAAGCAUGGCGAGAGGCGGGCGUACCUAUUGGAGGCGACGAGGAGAACCCCGUCGUACCUCUGAUACCAGGUGUAACUGCGCCAGGCGUGCUUCCGACAGCUGCAGAGCCUCCUGUUACUCGAAAGAAGGCGCGACCUACUACAAUCAAAAAAGGAGAAAUGGUUAUGUCAAACGUCAAAACACGAAAGAGAGGGGAGGAGAGCGAGGAAGAAGAGGAGGAGCAAGAAGAAGAAAAGCCUCAUGGCACUAUAGCAUCUGGCAUUGGCUCUCUCUUCAAACGGAUCUCAACUAGACAUCGACCCGAAGCUCCAAAUGGUCCGCCACCUCCUGUUGCACCUAAGCCACCUCCCAAACGUGGCUCGAAGCAACCACCCCCUAGACCUCCGCCAUUACCCACCCACAAUAGCUUUGACAUGCCUCCAAACGAGCCCAUUAUCCCUCGGGGUACAAAGAGAAGCACCAUUGAUGCUCCAUUCCGCAGUCAGGUCAUUACUGCUGGACCGACACCGACCGCACAAGGAUUCCCGGCUAAUGGGCAGCCAAUGUCGUUUCAGGCGAAACCAGGAAUGCAACACCAGCCCAUAUACGAUCCAUCCACUCAAGAGUGGUAUGAUCCAACAAGUGGCCAAUGGUGGAACCCUAACACUCGCAAAUAUUAUCACAAACGAGCAGCGACGGUCGCGCCGUACGUGAGCGGUGUCAAGGGUGAAAAGGAAAAAGGCGGCGGUGGGUUGAUGAGCAUGUUGAAGCGUUGGACGACCAAUACGGCUCCGGACGAUCAACCACGACCCAUCACAGCCCAGUUGAUUAUGCCUGGUAGUCAGAGGGAUGGCGCGCCGCAGCAACCAAUUGUCGUGCUACCUGAUCACCCACACUCUGGAAGACAACGUCGUCGAACCGUAUCAGCUGGCGAGUCCGGCAUGCCCAUUAGCUGGUAUGGGAGCCGACAACGUCGACAAUCUGGACGCACAUCUACGCAGACACAUCAGCGGCCGCAAAUCCCGCCGUGGGGCUAUGGGCCUCAUGCGACGCCGUUGGACGGACAAACAGGGUUACCAACCGACAUGAUGAUGGGUGGACCUCCUGGCCACGUCGGACAAGGCAACAUUUACUUUUCGCGGAAAAAGGAUCCUUACGGCGCGUUCCGACUCGAUGCAGAUUAUCCCGUCUCCUGGGGUGGGUUAGAGGCGCCUGCGUUGAAUUGGUUCGAGAGUGGCAAGUUUGAAAACGUCACAACGGGCCUUGGGUCGCUCGGGAUGGGCACCGGAUGGACGCGGCCGUCGACACAGGCAGGCGACGUCACUGGAAGGGGCAGCUCCGGCAAACGCGGCGCAAAGCGCUUGUUGCGCGGGUUUCUGGGUGGGAAGAAGAGUGAAGAGGGAUUGAAGAAUUCCCGGAUGGAGUAUGCAAGGGCACGUACCGAGUAUAGUGAAAUGGUCCUCCGCGCUCGCGGUGCGCGCGAAGUCGACCGACUCGUCUCACAAUUUACGCUCGAGGGCGCACAGAGAGAGGACUGGGCUCAGGUUUAUCGGCCAAAGCUCGAUGAGAUCAACUUUCUCAAGUUCCAGCAAAAUGAAGUGCUGCUUAACAUGCUCCUUGGUACAGGCAAUGCGACGAUUAUCUUCAAUUCGGAGAAUGCAGAGCUUGGGGACGGUGGACAUGUCAAUGGCGCGACCGGUCACGGCCGAAACGAACUCGGACAUUCACUCAUGCGCGUCCGCGAAAUUCUUUUGGAUCGUUAUGCGGGAGACGAAGAGGAAGGGGCGUGA